AUGGCCGCGUCGUCCAUCCGGUUCGGCAACGGAGCGACCCAGGAGGUCGGCAUGGAUCUGAAGAACAUGAACGCUCAGCGCGUCUGUGUCGUUACCGACGAGACCGUCGACAAGCUGUCAGCCAUGCAGCAAGUGCGUGAGGCUCUGACUCGGGAGGGCGUGAAUUUCAAGGUCUUUAACAAGACGAAGAUCGAACCAAAAGACACCUCAGUCAAGGAAGCCAUCGAGUGGGCCAAGCCGUAUAACCCUGACGCCUUCCUGGCUGUUGGUGGAGGCUCUGUCAUUGACACUGCGAAACUGAUGAAUCUCUACACGUGCUACCCCGAUGCCGACUUUCUUGACUUCGUCAACGCGCCGUUGGGUAAUGGCCGGCCAAUCGACAAGGCAUUGAAGCCUCUCAUUGCCGUGCCUACAACAGCAGGCACCGGGAGCGAAACUACGGGAACGGCGAUCUUCGACCUCGUGUCUAAGCGCGCAAAAACGGGUAUUGCCCACCGAAACCUGAAGCCGACUCUAGGUAUAUGCGAUCCUCUCAACACGCGAACAAUGCCUUCAGCCGUCAAGGCUGCCUCAGGACUAGAUGUGCUAUGUCAUUCCCUCGAGUCUUGGACGGCCAUCCCCUACACCGAGAGGAUACCGAGACCUAAGAACCCCAUUCUGAGGCCCGCUUACCAGGGCGCCAAUCCGAUCAGUGACAUCUUCUCGCUCAAGGCACUACGCGAUACAGUGAAGUAUCUGCCGCGAGCGGUCAGAGAUCCCGAUGACAUGGAGGCACAGAGCCAGAUGUUGCUCGCCGCAACGCUGGCUGGUGUAGGCUUUGGUAACGCUGGCGUCCACUUGUGCCAUGGACAAAACCCGGGAUAUCGACACGAGGGUUACCAGGUGCCCAGCCCAAUCAUCCCCCACGGCGUCUCUGUAGCCGUCACAUCACCAGCAGUCUUCAGCUUCACAGGCGCCUCAAACCCAGAACGUCACCUUCAAGCAGCCGAGGCAUUCGGCGUGGACAUCAGCAACGCUAAGCGGGAGAGCGCUGGUGAGAUUCUGGCUGAUGCUCUCAGGAGGUUUCUGUCCGAUUUGGGCGACCAACCCGCUGGCCUGAAGGCACUCGGCUUUGGGUCGGAGCACAUUGAUGAUUUGGUCGAGGGGACAAUUCCUCAAGCUCGGGUGCUGAUGCUUGCGCCGGGGUUGGCCAAAGAGCUUCAGCAGGAGAAAGAUCAGCUCAGGGGACUGUUUGAAAAGGCCAUGGAACAUUAA